CUUCUGUCCUUAUGCCGCGGAAACGGACAGAAAGGGACAGACUGGACCGAAGCAUGCGGAGCAGAAGAGGCAGCUGAAAGGCAGCAGAGGACAUGGGGGACAAAGCAGGGACCAGAGUCUUCAAGAAGUCCAGCCCCAACUGCAAGCUGACUGUUUAUCUGGGCAAGCGGGACUUCAUAGAUCACUUAGAUCAUGUGGAUCCAGUGGAUGGAGUGCUCCUUGUGGACCCAGAGUAUCUCAAGGGUCGCAAAGUGUUUGUAAUGCUGACUUGUGUGUUUCGUUACGGCCGUGAGGACCUGGACGUCUUGGGCCUUUCCUUCCGAAAGGAUCUUUACGUGAGCACUUUCCAGGUUUUCCCUCUCCUGGAUGAGGAGGAGCAGAAACCUUUAAGCUACCUGCAGGAGAGGCUGUUAAAAAAGCUUGGCCAACAUGCCUACCCCUUCAACUUCCGUAUCCCCCAGAACCUGCCCUGCUCAGUUACCCUGCAGCCCGGCCCAGAGGACACUGGCAAGGCGUGUGGCGUGGACUACGAGCUUCAAGCUUUCUGCGCCAACACAGCGGAUGAGAAGCUUCAUCAAAGGAACUCUGUACUCUUAGUGAUCCGUAAGGUGCAGUUUGCGCCAGAGAAGAGAGGGCCACAGCCCAUGGUGGAGACGAGCCGCAGCUUUCUGAUGUCGGAGAGAACUCUGCACCUGGAGGCCUCGCUGGAUAAGGAGCUGUAUUACCAUGGUGAGCCCAUCAGUGUCAACGUUCACGUCUCCAACAACUCCACUAAGACGGUCAAGAAAGUCAAGAUAUCAGUCCGUCAGUAUGCUGACAUCUGUCUCUUCUCCACGGCCCAGUACAAGUGUCCUGUGGCCCAGCUGGAGGCAGAUGACCAGGUUUCUCCCAGCUCCACCUUCUGCCAGGUAUACACACUGACACCCUGCAUGGGCACCAAUAGGGAAAAGAGAGGCCUGGCCUUGGACGGAAAACUCAAACAUGAAGACACCAACCUGGCCUCCAGCACCAUAGUGAAAGAGGGGGACAACAAGGAGAUGAUGGGCAUCUUAGUAUCCUACAGGGUGAAAGUCAAACUGGUGGUGUCUUUAGGAGGGGACAUCGCAGUGGAGCUUCCGUUUGUCCUGAUGCAUCCCAAACCAACGGGCCAGCCCGGCUUGCAGCCAGCGUCUCCCGAGGCUGAUGCUCCUGUUGAUGCAAACCUCAUAGAUUUUGAUAUGAGGUCUUCCUCUCAAGGCGAUGACUUUGUGUUCGAAGACUUUGCCCGCCUACGUUUGACGGGGUCUCAGGUGGACGGCGACCCCCUCUGUUAGCCGCGGCGAGCACAUAGAUAUUCUGCUGUCUUUCAGAGACUCUAAGGGUAUUUUUACAGGUUUUCUAAUGAAGAAAAGCUCUGAUGUCUUACUGCUUAUUUAGUUCUCAAUUUCAAGUGGAUAAUUACGCUACUCACCAAAAGUUAUGAUUAUUUGGCUUUUGGAAAAUUUCAGGAGGAACCUAUAAUUCACUAUUUUAAAACGUGUGAUUGCACGUGUGCAACUGUUGAAUAUUUCACAAUAGCCAAGUGCUGUUGGUCAAUUGUUGUCAUCUUGGUCUCCCAAUGUCAAAAUGUGAACAGCAGAGGGACUGUUUUGAAUACCGUCAGGACACUUAUGGUUCACACACCCGUUGUGAAUGUACUGAAACCUUCAACAGUCGGACAUUCAGAAGUUUAGAGAUGGCUGAAUUAAGUUUACCCAUACUGUGCAUUUCAAUCAGUGUAUUUUAGGUUCAUCCUGAUUUUUUUCAUCAGUAGCAUAUUAGAUUUAUUCUAUACUCUGUGUACUUUUGUAACCCAAAUACAGCGCCUCUUUAUGUUAGUGUUUUAACUGUGGUCAUUUCUGAAGGACUCUCUGCAUAUAAGUCAUUGACUCGCUCAGGUGAUGAUGGAAAAGUAAGGAUCCUAAAUCGUAGGAAGGAAGUAUUUAGACAAAUCCUGCCUCAGUUACGUUACUAGUGAAAAUAUUGACAAAGAUACUCUAUACAUCAUGUUAUUUUCUUCAAAU